GGUCAGGCCUCACAGGUUACAUGUAGGCCUUCUCUGUGUGACCUCAUGGUUUGAGGCCCAACAGAGUUCAUCUUCCAGGGAGCAGAAAUCCUCUCGUCCAAUCAGAGGGCUUCACGGCUCACUGCGCGCCUCCUGAGUCGUGGCUGAGGACUCCUGGUUCCACCGAGGCGGACACACGAGGACGGAGAAGAAGAGGAAGAGGAGGAAGGAUGAAGGUGUGGUGUACUCCUCACGGUGACUCAGCAGCUCUGCGGGUUUAUAAAGAGGCAGCGAUGCUCAGUCUGUCACCACGGAGACCAUGGCCUGGCUGAUCCGCAUCACCUGCAUCCUGGUCUGCUGCCCGGAGCUGCUGCAGGGCAAAGCUUCAGAGUACCAGCUGGAGUCGGAGAGCCUGAGCCGAUGUGAGUCGCUGAGGGGCGUGGCUGUUGCCAAGCAACAAGGUGACAUCCCUCACUGUACAGAAGAUGGCAGGUUCAGACCUGUGCAGUGCAGUGGGCGGGGUCAGGAGUGUUGGUGUGUGGAUGCUGAAGGUCAGGAGGUCGUCGGGACUCGAACCAGCAGCUCUGCUCCAAACUGUCCGUCUCCCUGCCAGCUGCAGUCCGUCCUGCAGUGUUCUCCUUCAGGACAGUUUGAGUCAGUUCAGUGUGACUCCAGCAGGGAUCAGUGUUGGUGUGUAGAUCAGGACGGCAUGGAGCUCUACGGGACCAGACAGACCGGCCGACCUCAGCGCUGUGCUGGCAGCUGUGAGGUGAGAGCGAGGCGGCUCCUCCACGGCUCCAUGUCUCCGUCUCCUCCUCAGUGUUCAGCAGACGGAAGUUUCCUCCCUGUUCAGUGUAAAUUCAUCAACAUGACGGACAGAACAGAGCUGGACCUGCUGCACACCUUCAACAGGUUCCCAGAAGCCUUCGAGACGUUCGGCAGUUUCAGGAAGUUUUUCCCGCUGGUUUCUUCGUACUGCUUCUGUUCAGACAGCAGAGGCCGAGAGCUGGAGGAAACAGGUGUGGAGCUGCUCCUGUCUGAAGUGUACGACUCGGCGUUCUCAGGUCUUCGGUCCGGUCGCUCCUUCUCUCAGACCAACAUCUACAGAGUCCUGCAGAGGAGGAUGCUGGGAGUCCGCCUCGCCCUCACCGGACGUUUCAGAUGUCCGUCUCCCUGUGAGGAGGAGCGGCGGGCAGCGAUGGAGACGUCCAGCGUUUUCAUCCCGUCCUGUGAGACCGGCGGAUCCUUCAGCCCCAGACAGUGUCAGCAGGGGGGGCAGUGCUGGUGUGUCGACCCCACAGGGAGGGAGCUUCCUGGGACUCGACAGCUCGGAGACUCCCUGGUCUGCAGUUCAGGUCUUGCUGACUGUCCCUCUCAGCGUCGUCUGGCUCUGUCCCGGCUCUUCUCAGGCCCCGUUGAUCCUCCUCUCCCGGCCUCGUCAAGCAGAUCUCCGGCCUUCUGUCGCUCCCUCCUCCGGCCUCUCGAGGAGCUCCUGCCGGUGGAGGCGGAUCUGACCUCCUUCCUGUCUCACCUGGUCGAAGUCCUCCACGGUCUCUUCCCCUCGGUGGGUGGAGCUCAGCAGGCGCUGGCUCGCUCCUCCCCCCGCCGCCUCCAGGAGAACCUGUUCGGAGGGAAGUUCCUGAAGAACGCCGCCGCCUUCAACCUCAGCGGGGCGGUGGGAGCGCGAGGAGCCCUCGGCCUGGACCGGCUCUCUUCUCAGGAUGUCAUCUCCAGCCUGCAGGAGAACCGGGACCUGGUCCAGUCUGUCAGCAGAGCCCUGGAGGACCCCGCCUUCCUGUCCGCCCUCCAACACGCACUGAUGGAGACGAGCAGCUCGGACUCCGCCUCACUGCAGCAGGUUCUGACUCCUCUGCUGCGUCGCUGCUCCGGUGAGGACAAGGAGGACGCGGCGUCCAUCUUUGUCCCGAGCUGCACGUCCAGUGGUGGUUUCCAGCAGGUUCAGUGUCGGGCAGCUGAGUGCUGGUGCGUUGAUUCUCAGGGUCAGGAGGUCGCGGGGUCGCGGACCGCCGGUCGUCGGCCUCGAUGCCCGACCCGCUGUGAGAGAGAGCGAGCGGCGGCGCUGAAGGUGAGAGAAAACAUGGCGGCCGGAGCUGAAAUCCACAUCCCAGCAUGCUCGGAGGACGGAGACUACCUGCCGCUGCAGUGUGUCGGAUCACGCUGCUUCUGUGUGGACGCUGACGGAAAAACAACCGCUGCGGGGUCAGCAGGGGGCGCCGUCACCUGUCCGGAGAGAAACGAGGAGAAGCUUCAGUCCUCCGCAGGUCGCUGCUCUCAGGUGUUUGCUGAGGUCACAGCGUUCAGACAGGAAGUGAAGAGCAUCGUCGCUCUCUCUAACUCCUCCCACCUCCCGCUGGGAUACGGAUUCCUAUUGGCUGAAGGUCUGCGUCUGACCCCCGAGGAGCUGCAGAUCAGCCAAUCAGAGGAAGAGCUGCGGGUCUCUGACAGGCUGCUGAGCCGCUCCAAAGCUGCGCUGCGAUUGGCUGCCUACUCCACUGUUCAGAUGUUCCUGCCGCCUCGGCGUCGCUCCUACCAGCCGUUCACGCCACAGUGUGACGCUGACGGACUCUGGCUGCACACACAGUGUUACCACAGCACAGGUCAGUGUUGGUGUGUUGAUGAAGAUGGCGAGUACAUCCCUGACUCUCUGACCAGCCGCUCGCUUAGCCUGCCCAAAUGUCUGACUCGCUGUCAGAGAGCUCAGGCUCGCACUCUGCUCUCUGGUUGGAUGAAAGGCUCUGAUGUCACUGCCGCCACCAUUUCAUCCUACCGGCCAAAGUGUGAGAAGGACGGUCGUUUCUCGCUGCUGCAGACAGAAGGCGCUGCAGGCUGGUGUGUGAACCCUCUGACCGGAGAGAUGAUACAGACGGCAACACCGAGCCCUACCGGACAGCUGACAUGUCCCAGCUGGUGUGAGCUGCAGGGUCUCCAGUGUCGCCCCGACGGCUCCUUCAUCCCUCUCCAGUGUGAUGUCACUUCCUGUUGGUGUGUCUCUGAAGACGGACAGGAAGUAGGCGGGACCAGGACACUCCGGCAGACAGGACGCACGCCGUCAUGUGACCGUCCUCUCUGUCCCGACCCCGCCAUUACCCAUGGUGCACUGGUCUGCCACCCAGCAGCCAAUAGCCGACAGAGCUGUGAUCUCGUCUGUCACCGUGGUUACCAGAACUCACUUCCUGUCAGCAGCUUCCUGUGUGAGACUGACAGUCGGCGGUGGGAAGGAGACAACACACCGCUGCCUGGAUCCUGCCAGAUGUCUCGGCCUCUACAGUCAGUGUCGUCCUCUCAGCUCUGGAUGUUGUCGUCUUCCUGCUCUCAGAUCAACAGUUUACAGUCUCUGUUGUUCAACAUGAUGACCAGCAGGGGGCUCUGCUCUGCACAGCUUCCCGCGUCCGGCCGCUCCGUGUCGGUGUGCGAUGACUCGACGGUGCGUCUGCGGUGUGACGGCGAUGACGCGCUGACGUUAACAGUCAGGUGGACCGCCGUCCUGUCUGACCUCCCGACCUCUGACCUCCCCGACCUCCACGACAUCGGUCUGUUCCUGAAUGAGUCCCGUCUUCUGGAGGGAGUUCGGGGGCUUCUGGGUAAGCUGACAUCAGAGCCCAAACUGGUCUCCGUGACGACUCCGAGCUUCGGCUGUUCCCGUGGUUAUCACCUGGACGGUGACGGCGAAGGCUGCGUCGUUUGUCCCGCUGGGAGUUUUUCCAGCGAGGGGGCGUGUCUUCUGUGUCCUCAGGGAACCUAUCAGGACGAAGAGGGGCGGGACUUCUGCAACAGGUGUCCCAGAGGCUCCUCAGCCGCUGGAGCAUCGUCUGUCAAUCAAUGUGUGACAGAGUGUCAGAGGCGGGGCUUACGGUGUUCAGACCGAGGCAACUUCCUGUCAGCGCAGCCUGACUUCCUGUCCGGCAGGUGGAGGUGUGUCAACAGUGAGGGGGCGGAGCUCGAGUGGACCAACAGCGACACGCCUCUGACUGAUGACGAGUGCUCAGUUCUCAGCAGGUUUCAGGUUGUUCCUGGAUCAGAGCUGCUGGUCGGAGCUGAAGACGCUGAAGUCCUGCAGACGAUGACCUCUGACCUCAGAGCCUGUGUCCAAGCUUGUGCAGUACAGCCGUCCUGCCACCAUGUGGCGCUGUUCAACAGACAGACUCAGUGUGAACUGUACAGCACACACACACUGAACACACACUGCAACACCUCCCAGCAGACCAGCGGGUUUCUGGGUAAUUCUCAGGCCGAGCUGUUUGAUUGGCUGAGCUGCUCUCUGAGAGUGAGGGGCGGAGCUUCAGAUCUGCUGGUCAUCAGGAAGAAAGGGGCGGAGUCUCCCUCGCAGCAGCAGCAGCAGCAGAGCUUUGUGAGGAUGAGGAUGAUGAAGGCGAUCUCAGGUGUGUUCAGGACUCAGGUGUUCUCCAGACGGACGUCUCUCGCCGACGCUCAUCGUUUCUGUCAGGACGGCUGCAGCCGCGACACCUGCUGCCACGGAUUCAUCCUCAACCAGAACAGCCUGAACGGAGGUUCUCUGCUCUGUGGUUGGCUGAGAGCUCCGUCAGUCCUGAUGUGCGGGGACGAGGACUGGGACGUGAUUGGACAGGGAACGGCCAAUCGUAUCUGCGGGGCGGGGCUUAUCUACAACGAACAGCGGAGGAGCUUCGUGUUCGACUUCGGAGGACAAAAGUUCACCAUCACUGAUUCUUCUCUGCCGGCCGACAGCAAGAACAAGAAGGACUACCAGGCCUCCAUCGUCAGCUUCCAGGCCGUCUACCUAAACACCGACGCUGAGUCAGCAGCUGGUGGUUCUGGUUCUGGUUCUCGUUCCUGUGCAGCAGCAGAGCUCAGUCCUCCUCUGGACGCAUCAGUACAGUUGAAGUUUGAGUCUCUGUCGGAGGACGACGUCCUCGUGGAUCCUCAGAGGAAACUCCCUGCUCUCUCCUUCUGGCUCAACAAGCAGAACUACGACUCCCAGCAGGCAUUGCUCUGGUGUCUCACACGCUGUGACGCGGAGCAGCAGUGCUCUGUCGCUGACCUCAGAGACGCUGACUCGGCAGGUUUCUUCAGCUGCUCGUUGUAUCCGGACAGCAGAGUGUGCGGAGCGUACGACAAACCGCUGAGACGCCCCUGCCGCCCCCUGCUGGACAGGACGCCCGACAACACCUACAGCAAGAAGGUGGAUUUGUCCGGACCAGUGAAGAGUUUCUACGAGAGAGUUUCCUUCCAGAAGAUGGUUUCGUACUCCGUCCGCAGCCGAGUCAGUCUGACAGAAAACACACCGCUGUCUGAGGGGUUCAGGGAGUGUGAGCGGCGCUGUGAUGAGGAUCCUUGUUGCCGUGGCAUCGGCUUUGUUCGAGACACCAAAUCCGCAGGUGUGGUGUGUCUGGCUCUGAUCAGUCUCGGGGUUCAGACCUGCGGUGAGGACGACAGGACGACCUGGAGGACGCAGGACUGCAGACCGUCUGAAGUGAAGACCAUACCAGACCCCUUCGGCUGGUACCAGAAACCUGUGAAUCAGUGGAGUUCAUCUCCUGCUCUCUGUCCUCCGUUCAACCUGCCGCCACUCAAAAACAACGUGUCAGGGUGGCAGCUCCUCGCUGACUCGGCGUUCCUCGUUGACCCGUCUGUCUCUACGUAUGAUGUCAUACAUGUGAGCCGUGACAUCGCUGCAGAUCGGGACAAGACGAGGGACUGGUGUCUCCACGCCUGUCAGGAGGCGGAGUCCUGUGUGGCGGUUUCAGUCACUGAGGCGGAGUCCGCCACUCGCUGCGUCCUCUAUCCCGACACCACCGUCUGUGGGCUAAGCUCCGCCCACAGCUUCUCCUGCAGGCUGGUCAUCAGAGAGCCCGCCCCCCAGGUGUACCUGCGGACAGAGCCGUUGCCAUUGGUUACGUCCGUCUCCAUCCAGGGUCAUGGGACCCUGCAGGGUGUUGCCGUGGAAACAGUCCUUGGCUCAGAAAGGAAGACGGUGGUUCAGUUCCUGGGAGUCCCGUACGCCCGUCCACCAAUAGGAUCACUCCGCUUUACAGCAGCUCAGCCGGCUGAUUGGAUGGGAACCUGGGACGCCGUGAAACCACGUCCCAGCUGUAUCCAGCCAGGUGAUGUCGAGUCUGCAGCGUCCAGCGAGGACUGUCUCUACCUCAACAUCUUCAGUCCUGCUGGUCUGAGGGGGCGUGUCCCAGUCCUGGUUUUCUUCUUCAACCCUUCUGCCAAUCAGAGCCCAGGACUGUUGGAUGGCUCCACCCUGGCUGCCAUGGGUAACAUCGUCGUGGUAACAGCCAGCUACCGAACCGCAGCGCUGGGAUUCCUGAGUACAGGUUCAUCUGGUCUCCAUGGUAACUACGGCCUGUCGGACCAGGAGGCGGUGCUUCGUUGGGUUAACGCCCACGUCUCUCUGGUGGGCGGAGACAGCAGCAGAGUGACCGUCGGGGCGGAGCGUCGUGGUGCUGACAUCACCAGCCUUCACCUCCUCUCCUCUUCGUCUCCUCUGUUCCAGCGUUUGAUGCUGAUGGGCGGUUCUGUGUUUUCUCCAUCGCUGGUUCAGACUGCCUCCACCUCCAGACGCCAGGCGGUCGAUCUGGCCAAAGAGCUGGGCUGCGUGACCUCUGACCCCGCUGACGACGACAAGAUGGCCGCCUGCCUCAGAGUGACACCUGUGCACACGCUCAACGCUGCUCAGACCAAACUGAUGGCGGUCAGCGGUCCGUUUCAGUCCUGGUCUCCGGUCCGUCAGUCCGUCUCUCAGUCGUCUUUCCACAGAGUCGACCUGCUGCUGGGAACGUCGGAGCAUGACGGUCUGAUCAGCCGAGCGCGCAGGAUAAAGGACUUUGAGGCUCUGCAGGGUCGCGCUGACGGUAAGACGGCGUUCUACGAGGCUCUGAGUCGCUCGCUGGGUGGAGCGAAGGGCAGCGAGCUGCUGAAGGAGGCGGCGGCCUGGUUCUACUCUCUGGAUCACAGCCCCUCCCCCGCCGGAUACAACCUGUUCUCCAGAGCGCUCAACAACGCCACCAGAGAUCUGUUCAUCAUCUGUCCCAGUCUGCAGAUGGCUAGCCACUGGGCUAACAGCAAGGCUAACGUCUUCCUGUACCAUCAACCUGCCACCAACAACAGGGCGGAUGUGUCCGUCCCAUUGGAUGUUCAGUUUGUGUUUGGAGCUCCUCAUCAUCCAAUGAGCUCUCAGCGUUUCACCUCCUCUGAGCGACGCCUCUCUCUGGCCGUGAUGACCUACGUCUCCAGCUUCAUCAGGACCGGGAACCCGAACCCGUCCCGGGUGUGGGCGGAGUCAGUUCUGCCCCGCUGGCAGCCGGUCCUGUCCUCUGUGGCUCCACCCACCUACCUGCAGUUAAGCCCCGCCCUCGACCAGCAGCGGGGUCUGAGUCAGAACGCCUGCUCGUUCUGGAGCCAACUGGGAACCAGACUGACGUCACAGAGCGGUGAGUUGGGGGCGGAGCCUGUCCGGCCUGCGUUGUUGACCCCUGUGCUCCCCGUGGCUGCACCAUCCAGCCAAUCACAGACUGAGAAAGACGCCUACAGCUGAACCGAUGACAUCAUCAACCCUUUUUGAUGACGUCACACCUGCUUCCUGUCAGCCUCCAGAUUCAGAUCGAUCCAAACAGUGAAGAAUGAAAUUAAUUCUGUUCUUAAUCAUCAAUAAAAACGCAUUUCAAACUGUC